UAGCGCAUCUUGGCUGCGCGCGCAUCGCGUCAGUUUCAUAUGAUUUGGGAUUUCCCCAUUGUUUAAAAGGUUAACAUAUUAUUAAAGAGCCUUAUGCAAAGCAUUGCUAUUACUUAUUGUUAGACAUCCAGCUGAAAGGAUUUAUUGUUCGACUGCGUUAUUGUUGCUUUUGCGAGGAUUAUUUCAGUGUAUGCUUUAAAGCAUAGUUUUACAGCAGGCAUGUCUGAGAAGGUUGUGGAUGUGGAAACUGCCAUGGAAGAGACUCACGAGGAAGGGAAACCAUUGACUGCCCCUGAGGAACGGGUAAUUGCCGCAGGUCCUUCAGAUAUUGACCCGCCAGCAGCCAAGAUGACCGCCGGUGUCCCGGAUGAAGACGAAUCUAACGCAUGCGCAGGACUUCUCCAAGUCUUCUCCAUUAUCUUCAUCAUUCUCUUCUUUCCGUUUUCACUUCUGUGUGCCUUAAAGAUGGUUCAAGAGUACGAGCGAGCAGUUAUAUUUCGACUGGGGCGAAUCUUACAUGGUGGUGCGAAAGGACCAGGUUUGUUUUUCGUGUAUCCGUGCAUGGACGAUGUUGUGAAAGUGGAUAUCAGAACCCGAUCCUUCGACAUAAACCCUCAAGAGAUACUAACACAAGACCACGUGACCGUGACAGUUGACGCUGUGAUGUACUUCCGGGUCGUUGACCCAGUUCUUUCCGUGACCCGUGUGGAGGAUUUCAUUGGUUCUAGCAAAAUGCUAGGUGCGACAACUCUAAGAAACAUUCUUGGAACGUACAAAAUGACAGAACUGUUGAUGCAGAGGGAUGAUAUUAACAUGAAAAUGAAGGUCCUUCUGGACGAAGCCACCGAUCCAUGGGGAGUGGACGUCGAGCGAGUGGAAAUUACGGACGUGCGUCUACCGGACAUGCUUCAGCGGGCGAUGGCAGCUGAGGCGGAGGCGACCAGAGAGGCAAAGGCCAAGGUUAUUGCCGCCGAAGGAGAAAAGAAUGCUUCCCGUGCGCUGAAGGAGGCAGCCGACAUCAUGAGCGAGUCACCAACCGCCCUGCAGCUCCGGUAUCUCCAGACGCUUAAUACAAUUGCCGCUGAAAAGAAUUCGACCAUCGUGUUCCCUCUGCCGCUUGAUUUGUUGCAAGCAUUUAAAGCGCCCGCGCCGAGGCAACUUCACGCACCUGUUCACGCUCCAGUGCAGUCGUCACAAGCGACAGAAGAUUGUGCCGAAUAAGACAUUGUGAUUGAAGACAGACAGAUCACUUAAAUGACCUAAAUGAGCUUAUAUAAUCCAUUCAGCCAUAGUGGACCAAGUAUCUUUUUUCUCAGUUUUAAAACUUGAUUCAGGCUGGGAGUAAGAUUACUAUUAUUAUACUAUAUUUUUGGUCCCAGAUUCAGGGAAGUGAAGAGUGCAAUAAUUCAUUUAAACUGAUAAUCUAAUUUGAUCAGAAAAGAAAACAAAACCGAAAACAUUAUGCUCCUUGAACUAUAACACUACGAACCGAUUUUCUACGUAGUAUGCCAUAUUGAACAUACCUUUGACGAAAAGUUAAAACCUCAAGGAUUCAAUGCAUGUUUGUUGGCUUUACAUUGCCACAAUUAAUAAAACAAUUUGUUUGGCCUCACAAAAUCAGUUGUUUAGCCUCGCUGGUGGUCAUACCCGCCACCCGAUAUUGUUGUUUUAGCCUCGUUGGUGGUCAUACCCGCCACCCGAUAUUGUUGUUUUAGCCUCGUUGGUGGUCAUACCCGCCACCCGAUAUUGUUGUUUUAGCCUCGUUGGUGGUCAUACCCGCCACCCGAUAUUGUUGUUUUAGCCUCGUUGGUGGUCAUACCCGCCACCCGAUAUUGUUGUUUUAGCCUCGUUUGUGGUCAUACUUGCUUCCCGUUUAUCACUUCGGACUAAAGAAGUAAAAAAAACCCACAACAACACUAAAAUCUCACUACCUCAACAAUUUUUGGUAGGGUAAGACCACGCAUGGCAUUUUUUUAAUGAGGCCUUAUAUAAAUUUGUUUUGUCUGUUAUAUAUAAUGUUCAAUUUGCAUAUUUUAAAAAGUUACUUGUAAGACAUUUUUGUGUGAUUUUACGUACAUACACAGUCUUUAACUCUGCCAAUGUGUAUUUUUGUAGUAAAUGUAUGCAUGGACAUGUUCUUAUAUCACAAAUUAUCACAUUAUUUAUACAUCAUUUAAGUUAUAUUCAUAUAAUUGUGUAAAUACCAGCGUUUUCUAUAUUGUUUUCUUAUUUGUACUUCUUACUUGAACGUUUUUAUGAUGCCUUGUAUUUUUUAUUAAUAUUACGCGCCAUGUUUAUGUUAUCUUAUAUACACAAAUAUGAAUAAAAAAUAAAUUGGA